AUGCCUCCUGCAGCUGUCAAGGCUAGUUCUACCCAGAAGCCUGCGUCUCCAGCGUUGAAUGCGGGGGCAAGACCUUACAGGUCACACAAGGUGCGCGCCUGUGAUUUGUGCCGGAAACGCAAGUCCCGAUGUACUGUCGAUAUCCCUGGUCAAUCGUGUCUUUUGUGUCGAGUUCAGGGGGCCGAUUGCCAUUACCAGGAGGAAAAUCCGCCUGAGCUGCCCAUUCCUCACGGCCCGGAGUCGAAAGGAUGGCACUCCGAGGGAAGCUUCCACGCAGGUCAGAAACGCAAGCGUACUUCGGAAGCUGGUUCUCCAUCACAUUCUUCCCGUCACCGCGACGAUACGUCCGAUCUUCAUCGCUCCGAUUCAACAGGAGACAGCCGCGGAAGUGAGCCCAGACGCCAUGGAGUUGAGGACCCUCAUAAUGAAUCCGUGUUUAUUGUCGGACCUGUCGUUGCCGAUGACGCCCAGGUGAUUGAGAAGUUCAUGCCCCCGGAGCAGCCCAAUAAGUCGGUGGUACCAAGAAGCCAUCCGUAUAAUGUCUACUCAAGCGACCCAAGGAAGCCCAUCCUUUACACCACAGUAUCCCGGCGAAGACAGGGUAUGCGUGUGGGAAUCCCACCAGGAGAAAACCAGAAGGAAAUCCUGGAGCAAAUACUUGGACCCUUCAAGGACGAUCUCGUCAGGCUGUACGCUGUCCCGUGCAAUCCAGCUCGCAAGAUGCUAAUUAUCUCGAGGAUUUCCAGGUUCAUAGAUCGAUUCAAUGCAGCAUUCCCGAUAUUCGACGGGGAGAGCUUUUGGGAGGCUUAUAUUUCGGACUCGCCUACCGAACCACCAGCAUCCCUUUUGUGCCAGGUCUACUCCAUGUCUUUGGUCUACUGGAAACACACUCCGAAACUCGCCUGCCAUCCCAAGCCAGAUGUCAGAUAUGCCGUCAACCUUACAGUAGCCGCUCUUCACGAAGAGUUUUCCGCUCCCGGGCUCUCUACAAUCAGUGCAGCUCUCAUUGACUUGACCGGACGACCGAUAUUUUCCAUGACCGGUAAUGCCAUUAGCUGUGGCCGAAUGGUCUCCUUGGCCCACUGUCUUGGUUUGAAUCGGGACCCAAGCCACUGGAAACUAUCCCGCCUGGAGAAAAACCACCGUAUCCGACUAUGGUGGGCCGUUGUGAUACACGAUCGUUGGGGGAGUUUCGGACAUGGAGUUCCUCCUCAGAUUUCCAAAAAUCAAUACGACGUCCCUCUUCCCACAGUGGAAGUCCUAAUAUCACAAGCCUCCCGCACUCCCGAGCGAGUCAGAGCCGCUCAUUGUCAUAUCGCGCUCUGCCGGUUGACUGAAAUUCUGGGGGAGCUGUUGCCUCUCGUCUACGGCCUACAACAACGAUUUCCUCGCGAAACCACCAAGAAGGCGAGACAAAUCCGGACAGACCUAGAUAUUUGGGAGGAUUCCCUCCCCGACUGGUUAAGAACACCUACGGACAGCUCGGAAGAUCGCAUAUCAGGCAUCAGCAGUCUCCACCUCGCGUUCCUAGCUGUGAAACUACUGGUCGGAAGAGUCGAACUGAAUGACGUCAACAAUGCAGAAACAGACAACCCCGAAGCUCGUCGAUACUUCCAAACGGAAUGCCGGAAAUCCGCUGAGGAAAUCGUACAAUUCAUCUCAUCCCUACGAAAGGAGAACUUCAAAGAGUUUUGGUUACCCUAUAGCGCAUUCCAUCUCACCUCAACCGCAACCCUCCUCGUCCGCUGCGCGUUCGAAACCUCUGACAACGAAGUCGCCCGCUCCUGUCUCGCCAACGUCGAAAACUUCCGCUCAAUCCUCCGUCGCGUCCGAGAGGAAUACGACUGGGACGUCGCCGACAUGUGCCUCGACCACUGCGAACGGCUUCUCAACCGACUCACCGGCAGCGCCACCAACCUGGAUACCCCAACUCUCGAUGGAGUAAUCGGACAACCAGAUACCCGACUGGUCAACCCAGCGGCUAUCUCCCUCCCCGAAACCCAGACGAACAACGAUAUCGUCGAUGAUAUGAUGUCCAUCUCGGGAACUUUCGGAACGAUGGAUGGUUUCCCAUUCGAUAUGACAGGUAUCUGGGACGUUUCGGUGUUCCAGGAUGUGAAUCUGAGCUAG